CCACUUUAAUAAAGCACUUCAAUUAUAGCUUUUUUAAAAAUAACCAAACCAAGAGAUGCCCUCAAAACUCAAUAAAAAAACAAAACAAAACAAAACCCCACUUCUCCCACCACCACUUUCUUCAUGCAUAGCAGCAUACAAUAAGCCAGCACUACCUCCUCCAAGUUUCUCACAAAAUGGCUGCAACAGCUCCAGUUGCAAUAGGCACGAGAGGAACUGUGGGAUCACUUGUGAGGAAAGAAAUUGAGUAUUUCAACAAUUUUGAGCUAGAACGUCGUGGAAGUUGUAAGAGACGUCAAGGAAGCGUCGUUGACAUGGGUUCUAGCAGUGGCAAUUCAAGGCCUGGUUUCUGGUUCUUGAUGACAAGCUGGAAAAGGAAGAAGAGAAGAAGUAACGGCGGGUUCUUGCCGAGCAUGUGCUCUGUUGUGGAAGUAGCGGAUGGUAAUAGGAUUCCUGGUCUUAGUUACAGGAUCCUUGAAAAUGAUUUGAAGAACUUGCACAUCUAGACCUCUCUCUUUGACAGCUUAUAAUUAGGACCUCUCUGCGACUUUCAAAGCUUGAUCGGUUCUAUUCAGGUUAAUCUUUUCUUUUUUUAUCAAUAAAUGUUGUCAAGGAAAAGUAAGGCUGUGAAUACAUGCCCAUCCCACACCUGCCACCAUCGCUGAAGCCUUGCACAAUUUCUGUCGAUAUUAGCUAAUAUUCUAAGAAGCAUCAAGUUUCCUGCUUGUUCAUACUAUGGAAGCUCUGUCACCUUGUCUGCCAUCUGAUGUCAAGAUUUUAGUCACAAUUGGAUUCAUGCUAAAUUUUUCUGGACCUACCCAAUCUCUUGGAGGAGCUGAAUUUGAAGGUGAAGAUUGCUGUUGAUUUCCAGAUAAUAUUAGAAGUCCUUAUGUAUAUAUAUAUAUUCAAUAAGUAAUUUUUUCUGUUUUUGAUUGUCUUUCUUUCUUCUAUGGGACAUGAGGAGGGAAAGUAAGGAGUUUUCUGUAAAAAAGUUCUGGUAUGAUUACUUAUUUGUAUC